AUGAAACAACUAUCAGACCUCAGCCUAGAAUUGACUUUAAACAUAAUUUAUUACCUUGACCAUCGAUCUCUUGUAAGACUAUCGGCCACAUGCAAGAAGUUGUCAACUUUGAUCAAGAAUAUUGUUGGAGUACAUGGCCAAAUAAGGAUUGUGGAUGAGACUCCUUUAGAUGCACCUGUGUCUGCAGUGCUAAAUUAUCGUGCAGGUUCAGUCAUAGGAGGAAUACUAUAUAUGCCUCUAGGACACAAGGACUCUCUUUGCCACACCUUUAAUAUCAAGACCGGUCAAUGGAGCUACCACACUAUGCAUCUUCUGGGCAACAUACCAGUAGAAUCCCUGAUCAGCAAGACCGCCAAAGUUGGUCACUCUAUCUACAUGUUUGGUGGAAGAGAGACAAGUUCUCUGACAUUGUCUAAUGGUUUAUUGGUAAUGGAUACUCAUACUUUUAAUGUGAGGUCCAUCGACAAUUCCACUGGAGAGUUACCUAGAGCACGCCACGAACACUCUAUCGAUGUAAUCCAGGACAGAUACCUUGUUAUUUUUGGCGGCCUCUGUUACAACUCUGUUGGAGAGAAUGAUAUAUUUUGUUAUGAUACUCAAAUGAAUCAUUGGAUGUCCCCAUCAAUUACUGGGCACAUCCCCCACAUGAGAUUUGGACACGCGACUGCUGUUCUUGGACACGAUCUAUACAUACACGGAGGGGCCCAGCUGGGAGAAGACGGUUACAUUGUCUAUGAUGAUCUCUUCCGUCUUGACUGUGAUACCUGGAAGUGGUACAAAUACGAACAUCCAGAGAGGGAAAAGCAACUGAGGUCGUCUAGACUAUCACUGCCCCUAGAACAAUUACGCAAUCCUAUCGCUAGACACGCUCCUAAUACUCCAGAGAUCCUGCUUACUUCUGGAGAAGAUCCCCGAGAUCGUUUCCAGGCAGCCAUGAUAGUCUGGCACCACAAACUGAUCGUGUUUGGUGGUCACACGGUACGUUUAGACGACGACGAUGAGGAAGUGCUGAUGCACUACCCACUUGACAAGCUUUGUGUUUUCAAUACUCGCUUGAACACUUGGACUCCGGUAGAUCUCCAGUCCAUCUCGGAUGAGCCAAUUUGGAUAUCAGAAAUGAGUAUUGGAACGAGGUCAUCACGAGAUGGACUGGAUGUGUGGGUAGUUGGAGGUCGAUUGGUUGGUUCGCAUUCUCAACCACCUGUUACUCGACCAACGAUUCAUCUAGAUGACACUGAAUACGAUGAAGAUCAGGAACAUCUGACCUCGAUAUCUCCAAAUAGUGAACUUCGCACACCAAAUCAAACCGAGCAGUCAAAUAGGGUGGCUGGUUUAUUUGAGACUGAACCUGAUCUGGCUAGUGGGGGGAAAGAGGAGCAAAACAGCGAACCUUGUGUGUUGUUGCUGCAUCUGGCAGACUAA